CUUGAACAUUACCAUAAACAUCAACACCUUCGUUUCCUACCUAUUUAUCGUCAAAAAUAGUCACACUUUUCCAGUCCUUUUUAUCUGUAUCCUUGCGUCGUCUUCGUUGCACAGUACGACAAGCACAACAAUGUGUUCCACUGACAUCUUCCUCGGCUUCUUAGCCAUCCUCUUCCCACCGCUGCCUGUCUGGGUCAAAACCGGCAUCUGCUCCGCCGACUCUUUCAUCAACCUCCUUCUCUGCGUCCUCGGCUUCCUCCCCGGCCUUCUACACGCCUGGUACAUCAUUGCGAAGAACCCUACCCCACCAUUUGACUACGACGGCGCCGUUUACGACGCCAAUGACAUCGGCCGCGUCGAAAGCGGGCAACGAAUCUAUGUCUUUGUCCACGACCAGCCCGGCAACAAUCAAACCGGCGGUGGCCGCCACUACCACCACCAACAAGCCGCCCACAAGAAUCAGCAGCCGCAGCGACAAGGGCCCAUGAAUUACGGCACCACCGCUGGCCACGCGCCUCAAGAUUCUGGUAUUGCACAUGCUGGUCCUAGCGCAGGAGGAGACGGCGACAACAGCCAUGCUGCGCCCCCGCCGAGUUACGCGCAAGUAGUAGCAGGUGAUCAUAAAAUUCAGACUCAGGAUUAGGGUCCUUCAACAUCUACGACGCCGAUACCCACUGUUGAUGCCUCUACUUCUGCAUCUGUCAAGACAGAGGGUGCUACUCGUUCUUUCAAAAAUUGGAAGAGCGCGGCUUGCGAUUGCCAGUGCGCUUGCGAAUGUCCUGAGCAGCAGUGUUGCAGUCCCCAACAAGCGCAGUCGUCACAUUUGGCUUUGGUGACGCAGUGGUUUCCUUUUUACGGAUCUCCGUGGCAUCCGUAAGGAUUGUUGAUUAGUAUGUGAAGAGUUCUAGGAGAUACAAUGGGUUUCAGCAAUGACCGAUGGGUCAAGCGGGGGUACAUUGAGGCAGGGACGGAGUAGUCACUUUCAUGCGCGUUGGGUUACUUCUUUGCUUUAAUGGCUUAUUACGAUGGGAUAGUUCUGCGUCUGGUGUUGGGUUAUUGUAAGGAUAUAUGAGGACAUGGGACUUGGAGGCAACAGUGAAAUUUAACUUUCCAUUAUUUUCAGCGACCUGUGCUAGUUCUUGUGGUCCACCAUGAACAAGGAAAUUUAUUCCUGUCGGUAGUUGCUAGCCUCUUAUGUCUAACGGCCGAGAUUCUACGCAACAAUGGCGAUAAGACCACACUCCAAGCUCUCCGGCGAGCUCGAUUUGCCUUCAUCUAAUGCUGCCCAUAGUAAUUUGGCUGUGUCUUUGCAACUCACAGCCUGCGAGGGU